AUGGCUGAUCUCUUAGCCAAGCUUACAUUGUCGCAGAGAUUACAGGAAAUAGGAGUUUAUUCAUUUCCAUUUACGGACAUAUCUCAAUUGGAUUUACGUCGUGGGGAAGAAUUGGAUGAAUAUAAAAUUCCCGAAGACAUUAUAACCUAUAGUUAUCAAUUUGGCUGUAAACCUUCAGUUGUCGGUAAGAAAUGUGAACAGAUAGAUCGAUUAAAGAAGGAAACUGGUUGUAAAAUUUACAUCGAGUCAGAGGUUCGUGAAGGGAAUACAGACGUGUUAGUUGCCUUGGUCGGAAGUCGUGAAAAUCUCAGGAAGGCAAAGGGAUCGAUGGACAUUGUGGUUGCAAAGGGAAGAAUACUUUGUUCUGCCGCAAAAAACUCUCCAUUUGGUGCUGAUACAGGAGAGGCAGUAGAAAUUUUUAUUCCUGGAAGUAUGGCUGGACUCAUCAUAGGGAAAAACGGGGAAACAAUAAAAUCUAUUUCCACUGGUGCUCGGAUGAUUAUGAUCCAGGAUAACAGCGUUCCAACAAUUAAUGACAAGCCUCUGCGCAUAACAGGAGAGGUUCAUCAGGUUCAAGCUGCACUGAAGCUUGUUAACGAGCUUAUGGCUACAAGAGAGGCAGAUACCAGUAUUGCUCGCAAGUAUACCUGCGAGUGUUAUAAACUUUCAAUUGCUAACGAAAAGUGUGGCAUUGCGAUAGGAAGAGGAGGCGAGACGAUUAGAGAAAUAAAUGAGGAAAGUGGCGCUCUUGUCGAAAUAUCAAAGAUGAUUCCUCCGAAUGAUUAUGAAAAGGAAUUCAAUAUCUGGGGUACCAGGGAUGAGGUCAUCUCUGCAGUUCAAAUGAUAUGCAGUCGUACUCAAACUCUUGCAGAUAUGGCGGCUUAUUAUUCGUCUAUGAGUCAAUAUCAACAUCAGGUGACUUCUAGUAACCCAGAGGAAGAAAAUCAACCUAAUGCUUCUUCGGCAACGUGCACACCAGGUUUCACGUUUGAUAUAAAAUUAUAUUAG